AUGAUGACAAUGGGGUACUGCGCCCAUGUGCCUUCUUCUCAAAAAAAGAACUCACCUGCAGAAUGCAACUAUGAGAUCCAUGACAAGGAGUUGCUAGCAAUCAUCAAUUGUUUGAAGGAAUGGGAAUCAGAGCUCAUUAGCACACCCAAGUUCAUCAUUAUCACUGAUCAUAAAAAUCUCCGCUAUUUUAUGAAACUGCGACGCCUUAAUGAACGACAGAUGCGCUGGGCAGAUAUAUUGAGCCGCUAUGACUUCUACCUCCAGUACCGACCUGGCAAACUUGCCCUUACUCCUGACGCCCUAUCUCGCCGAGAUCAAGACAUGCCCAACGACCCAGGUGAUGAACGACUGCAGAUGCGAGAGAAGCGCCUCUUGGACCCUAAUGCAUUUGUUGAGACCAGUGAAUGCACCAUAUGCUGUGUGUCAGCUGUACAGGUCGACAAGUCCAUUCAAAUCCUACCAAUCCAUACUAGUAAUGGAACUACAGAAAAUGAAAACACCACCUCAGAUCUUGAACAGCAAUGGAGCCAUGCAGAAGCUGAGGAUACCACUAUGCCCAUACUUUGUGAUGCCAUCCGUGCAGGAUUACCUCAUUUCCCUCCUGAAUUGGGAAUCCGGGUCUCAAUUGGCGAAUGUGAAUUAGACUCUGAUGGUCGGAUCCUCUUUCGCAAACGACGAUGGGUUCCCAAUAAUGAACCUUUACGAACAAGAUUAAUGCAAGAAGCCCAUGACUCCCCACUGUCUGGGCAUCCAGGUAGCAAUGCACUAUAUAGUCUACUUGCUCGACAACUUUUCUGGCCCAAUAUGAGUGCAGAUGUGAAACGUUUUGUCAAGAAUUGUGACCAAUGUGGAGCUACCAACAUAUGGCGAGAUCGACGACAAGGACUGCUGAAACCCUUACCUAUCCCAGAUCGCAAAUGGCGUGAACUCUCCAUGGAUUUUAUAGAAGGACUGCCAGAGUCAAAUGGUUACAGUGCUAUCCUGGUGAUAGUAGACCGCCUCACAAAAGGGACUAUCCUAAUCCCUUGUGCAAGGACAGGAAGUGACUACAUUGUACCAAAGUUCCUGCAGCAUGUUGUGGCAUACCAUGGCCUCCCAGCUGCUAUCACCUCUGAUCGCGGCUCACAGUUUGUGGGUGAACUCUGGGAACGCAUGUGUAGCCUCCUCAAGAUCAAUCGACGCCUAUCCACUGCCUACCACCCCCAAACUGAUGGGCAAACAGAGCGCAUGAAUGCAGUUGUUGAGAGCUAUCUCCGUAACUUUUGCAACUUUGCACAGGACAACUGGUCAGAAAUCCUACCUAUGGCGCAGCUUGCAAUUGCCAACCAGACUGCAGCUUCUACUGGGUUCAGCCCCUUUUUCCUUGACCAUGGGUUCCACCUGGAGACACUUCAACUAGUUGAACCAGUCACUGAAGAACUCCAACAAUCAUCCAGUGGGUCUGCAGGUGCACGAAUAGCUGACAAACUCAAGAAUGCAUUGGAGGUCGCUCAAAGUGAGUUAGCUGCAGCCCAGGAACGACAGGAACAAUAUGCCAACCGUUACCGAAACCUUGCACCACACUACAAGCCUGGUGAUAAAGUUUGGCUCGCCCUGCAUAAUAUCCGAACAAGCCGUCCCAGCAAGAAGCUUGAUGUGCGCCAGGCCAAAUAUACUGUCCUAGCACAGAUUAGCCCAUAUGCCUACCGACUGAACACACCAGAGGGUAUCCACCCUGUCUUCCAUGUUGACCUCCUCCGGCCAGCAGCAAACAACCCCUUUCCCAGUCAGCGCAAUGACGACUAUCAGCCCCCAGCUGUGCUUGUUGACGGCGAGGAAGAAUACCAGGUGGAGCGUAUACUGGACUACCGACAGAUCCGCCGUGGACGGGGAUUUCAGCGACAAUACCUAGUGAAAUGGACCGGUUAUCUACAUCCUGAAUGGACUGCUGCGCACAACAUGGAGAAUACCGCCGCACUGGAUGAAUGGGAGCAACGCCACGGAAGCCAGAGCCCUGUGAGGGAUGGGGAUGAUUCUUAG